UGGACGCUCCAGCCUUUCUCUCUAUGGUAAGAAACCUCAUCACAGGGCGCCGGCGUCGCGGCUGCUGGUUGGGUGGCAGCGAGUUCGGGUGGGAGGAGCAGGAGCGGCGCCCAGAGUAUUCCUAUGCAUAUUCAGCUUAUAUAAAGAAAUGACCACACAGUACAGUAUUCUCUUCAAGCAAGAACAAGCACAUGAUGAUGCCAUCUGGUCAGUUGCAUGGGGAAAGAAUAAAAGAGAUGGUUCUGAAACGGUAAUCUCUGGAUCAUUAGAUGAUCUAGUGAAGGUCUGGAAAUGGACUGAUGAAAAAUUAGAUCUACAAUGGACUUUAGAGGGCCAUCAACUGGGUGUGGUAUCAGUAGAUAUCAGCCACACCGGUACCAUUGCAGCAUCCAGUUCCCUAGAUGCUCAUAUUCGUCUGUGGGACUUAGAAACUGGCAAACAGAUCAAGUCCAUAGAUGCUGGUCCUGUUGAUGCCUGGUCGUUGGCUUUUUCACCAGAUUCCCAGUAUCUUGCAACAGGAAGUCAUGUGGGAAAAGUGAACAUUUUUGGUGUUGAAACUGGAAAAAAGGAAUAUUCUCUGGACACUAGAGGGAAAUUCAUCCUUAGCAUUGCAUAUAGUCCAGAUGGAAAAUAUUUAGCCAGUGGAGCAAUAGAUGGCAUCAUCAAUAUUUUUGAUAUUGCAACUGGAAAACUUCUGCAUACGCUAGAAGGCCAUGCCAUGCCAAUUCGCUCAUUGACGUUUUCUCCGGAUUCCCAGCUGCUCGUUACAGCUUCAGAUGAUGGCUAUAUCAAAAUCUAUGAUGUACAACAUGCAAACUUGGCAGGCACACUAAGUGGUCAUGGAUCCUGGGUAUUAAAUGUGGCAUUUUGUCCAGAUGAUACUCAUUUUGUUUCCAGUUCAUCUGACAAAAGCGUAAAAGUUUGGGAUGCUGGAACAAGGACCUGUGUUCAUACCUUCUUUGAUCAUCAGGAUCAGGUCUGGGGAGUGAAAUACAAUGGAAAUGGUUCCAAAAUUGUAUCUGUUGGAGACGACCAGGAAAUCCAUAUCUAUGACUGUCCAAUUUAAAUAUGCCGAGUCAGGCGUAUUGGUUAAUUAUGUAUGUACAGGUUUUCAGGAGUACUGCACUUCUCAUAUGUUGCCACUUACUUAAAGAUGCUUCUGAUUAUUUUGUUAAUGUGAUAAUAUAUUUUAACAAUGCUGAGAUGAAUCUUGGACUCUAUUGACACAAUAGAAAAAUCAAAAUAUACAGAAGGUUUAUAUGUAUCUUUAUCACUUUACAUUUGGCGUGAAAGAACUCUACAUUUUAAAAUAGAAGUUACUAUUGUAGUUGCAUAUAACUAAACUACUGCUUUCUCUUAAGCAGGCUCAGGUACGUAUUUCCAAAUACAUACUGUUCCAAGGUGAAGUAACUGCUUACUUAAGCUACCUCCAUAUUUUUCUCUCCAGAACUAUAUAAAUAGAUUUGAAUCUGAAAUUGUUGACUGGCUCUGGCUGAGACUUAAUUUAAGAAACAUUACUGGCUCUUAAACCAUCUAUAUGUGUCAGAUAUGGCAACCAGCAUGCUGGUUGCUAAACAGUUGUCCUGGUGAUGUGGGACAGGGUCAUUUAAGUUGAACAUAUUCUAGCACCUGUGCUCAAGGCACAUGGUUCACUAGUCAUAAUGUAUCAACUUUAAAUUAAAAACAACCACCCCAAACUUAAAUUUAUAUUCUCUUUUUACUGGAAGUGUAUUAGCUGUAAAAGUUAUAACCCAUUUCCUAGCCCUGUGUCCUGACUGUGAACUGAUUCUUGAGAGGGGGUGGAAUUCAAUGUGACACAUGGAAAAACAUUUCCUCAGUGUUCCAGUUAAAAUUCAACUUUUUUUUUUUUUUUUAAACCCAUAAAACCAAACUGUAGAGGGAAAGUUUCCUUUCAUGUCAGUGCUUAGAUGACCUGUUUCUGGGAGCUCUUGUAAUACAGUCUCAUUGUAGGGCAUAUAGUAGGUAAGCUAUUGAUGCAGAACCUCUGGAUUGUUUCAGCUUCAAAUUUCCCUCCUGCAGUAGGUUUUACUAGAGGUUUUUUUUUUCAAUUCUAUCUCAAUGCAGAACAGUUAUAUACAAAGUAAACCAUUAAUUUCUUGCAUUCUAAGGUUGAUGCUACCAUUUGCUACUUCUAUAAAAUACAGGCUUAAUUUCACAUUUUCCUCUAUCAUAUGUCCUCCAGACAAGAAGUAUGUAUGGUCAUAUCCUCUGUGUUAACUACCAGUUUGAGGAAAUAAUAAACAUUUAAAGGUGAGAUACUC